AUGUACUGCGUAGAGAAACAGACGAUUUCUAUUAGUAAUGUGGAGAUGGUGCAACAGCAGAGUUCUGGGAUCCUGAUUUGCUAUGAUGGAGCAUUUAAGAAGAGAACCAAGGAAGUUGCUAGUGCAGUGCUUAUGUUUAAUCCUAAGGGAGGUCUGAUGGAUGGAACCUCAAAAGCUUUCUUUGCUAAUUCAAGUCUAUUUGUUGAAGCAGUAGCUAUUUUGUUAGAGAACCAGAAAAUUUCCAAUGAUGUGCCCCCAAAUGCAUAUGCAACAGUUCUAAAAGGGAAAGGGUCAUGGGUUGAGUCUCUCAUCUUGGAAGAUAUGUACUGCGUAGAGAAACAGACGAUUUCUAUGAGUAAUGUGGAGAUGGUGCAACAGCAGAGUUCUGGGAUCCUGAUUUGCUGUGAUGGAGCAUUUAAGAAGAGAACCAAGGAAGCUGCUAGUGCAGUGCUUAUGUUUAAUCCUAAGGGAGGCCUGAUGGAUGGAACCUCAAAAGCUUUCUUUGCUAAUUCAAGUCUAUUUGUUGAAGCAAUGCUUGCUCAUUGA